CCAAACUCCAUUCAGUCUUUGGCGAGAUUUUAUCGCGUGCGGACGUGUCUGCGGAUUGCCAAGUAUUUCACAAAGUAUAUAUUCACAAAAGUCGAGUAUUCACAUACGUAUUCAUUACUCGGUCUGACUUUGGCGCCAUCUAAGCGAUGCAGCCGCAAGCCUAAUCUAAACAUUUCAUGCAGAAUAAUCCAAGUGCCAAAACCGUAAAACAGUUUUUAUGCUCAGCAAAAAAGAAAGACAAAAAUGUGUGCAUCGAGAACAGUAACCGCAACAGCAGCUGCAAUGGCAACAGUUAAAUCACCAAACUGGAGCUGGCUCUGUUUAUGCUGCUUCGUUUGUCUCGCUGCACUUGCUCAAGGCAGCAACAGUGGUGGAAGUGGUGGAAGUGGCAGCAACAGUGGCAGCUUCUCAGCCAAGUCACUGGCAAUGGCAACGUCAGCGACUCUCAAGGAUGCCACGCACAUGUACAAAAUCAAAAGACAGGACAAAUACCAGCAACAGCAUCAGCAACAGCAGCUGCGGGCCGAUGUGCUUGCAACUCCUUUGGCAGGCGCAACAAAGCAGCAGCAACAGCAACAACAACAUCAACCACUGACAAGAGGUGCACAUGGGCUGAACAAGAAGAUGUUGAACAAAAUGGGCUUCAUGAAGGUGAAGGCGCCCAACAGCCAUAACCGGAAACGCCUGGCGGUUGAGUCACGACGUCACGCAUCGCGGGAUGAUUCACACAUGUUCAUCAUCAAGCUGCCGCCCAAUCUGCACUACUACACAAGUCCCAACGGUGUGAAGAAUGCGCUCGAUGUCGCACACAAACCACAAAAGCAACAGCAACAGCAGCAACAACAACAAGAACAGCAACAAUCAAAGCAAUCACAACAGCAGCAGCAUCCACAUCAAAUGAGCAACAGCAUCCAUGACAACAACGCACUGCCGAUGGAGGCAACUAAGGCAACGGAGGCAACAGAGGCGUCGGCGUUGAAAGCUAACGGGAAAAAAGGUAAACGGGAUUCCAUUAGGUUACACCAAAGGCACACCAACAGCAACAGCAAUAGCAACAACAACAACAACAAUGCUAAGAACUGGCCAAUUAUGCGUGUCACGUUGCAGGUAUUGUUUCCCUUCAGCUCGAAUGGACGUCCUGGCCGUAUCUACCACUGGAAUCUACCCGUCUUGAAGCAGGCGCUGCACAAGAAGCCGCACUUUGCCCAUGUCUCGGCCGAUGAUCGCAAUCGUCUGCUGGACAUUGAGAAUAUACCCACGUGGCGUAAACCCUGGGAGAAUGAGACGGUCGAAAAGUCUUUCAGUGCCGGCAGUGGCAAGUCUAAAUAUAGGAAAUCGCUGAAACAAAAGUCGCCCACAUACUAUGCGCCCUCCCAGGCGGUGAACAAGCAAAGUUUCCACAAAUACUUUGCCGGCAAUGGCAAACCGAAGGGCUUCUAUGUCAUCAAGGAGCAUCAGACAAAGCCGCAGUUCUAUCAGAAUAUCAUAUCAUAAGUUUCAACUUCACUUCAUUUCGUAUGCAAUGUGCAUCUAUAAGACUGUGGUGUGGGACUUUCUUUUGAUGAAUUGUUUGUACCACUCGAAUACUAACUAUAUCAACUCAUUAACUAUACUGCGAGUAGAAGCGUAGCUAAAACUUCCAGUCUGAAUAGGGACUGCUUCCAUUUAAUGUACUUCCGUCCAAAAAUUCUGCAUCAAAUCAAAUGAGUGGAGCGAAAUACUAUAUAUGUUAGAAGUAUAUAUUUUUAUACAAAUACGAAAUGCACAAUAUCAAAGCAAUUGGCAAUGGGGCGACCCACGUUGGGCGCCACAAACGCCACUGCGACGACUAUCAAUCAACAGGAAAUUAUGUAUACAUCUAUGCGUAUAUUUAAGCACAUGUACGAAUUUGUAAUUAUCAAUAAAUAUGAUGACUGCUUUAAAACACAGCGAACA